AUGGAAGAUAAAGUUAAAAUAAGAUAUACAAGACUUAACCAGGUCUGUACGAAAGCUUUGCAACAGUCGAUAAAUAGGGUAGAUAAAUGGGAAAAGUUAUCCUCAUGCUUUCCGGAUUAUGCCUCAACGGAAGAAGGAGCAGCGAAUCUCAAGAACUGCCAAAAGCAGGUAGUUAACUUUUGGAAAGAGCUUUGCAAGAGAGAAUUUGGUGAGAUUUUUAAAGAGCGGGAUAUAGAAGUGAAGUUAAAUGACCUUGAUCAGUUAAUCCACGAGGCAAAAGUGAAGGUGAAGGCAGGCGAAUUGAUCAGUGAUGGUCCACCAAUUGAUAAGGUUACUCCAGAGCGCCUAAUAACAGGAAAUAUUCACGACCUGCGACAGAGGGCACUGAAAGAGCUUAAUAUCAGAUUAGAAACAAUUGAUCAAAUGAAUACGCGGCUGCGAGAAGAAAUAGAGGAACUAAAUAAACAAAUUGACGAUGACUUGACUGAUCUUCAAAAAAUCUAUGAUAAGAGUUUAGUCCCUGAAGCGGUCGAAAUUGAUGAUACCUUAGCUCAGGGACUGAGGGACAUGCUUCUAUCACUGGAAGAGGAUAAUUAUUAA